AUGGGCAUCGAAAUCCCCAAAUCAAUGAACGCCCUUGUUGGCAAUCGCUCAUUCAUUACUCGUUUAUCAAACUAUGCAUGUGGAUAUGCUUCUGGUGACGGCGUCAAGCUUGCAACUAUUCCUGUGCCGAAAAUAGGAGAAAAUGAAAUUCUCGUCCAAGUGACAUGCGUCGCCCUCAAUCCUACAGAUUUCAAACACAUCGAUAUACUCUCUCCUCGAGGUGCUGUUAUUGGAUGUGACUAUGCCGGUACUGUUGCACUCGUGGGGGCCAACGCCCCAGGAAACUGGGCAGUUGGCGAUAGGGUCGCAGGGGUAACCCAUGGUGGACUAUAUACCGAUCGAGGUUCUUUCGCAGAGUAUGUCAAGGUCCCUGGAGACUUUGUCUGGAAAGUUCCAUCAUCUAUCAGCGAUGAGGAGGCAGCUACGUUUGGAGUGUCAGCUGUCACUGCUAUGUUAGCCUUGAACACUCGACUUGGCGUUCCAUGGAUUGAUGGAGGCGAGGAGGAGGGUCGCUCAAAUACACCGAUCCUCAUAUAUUCUGGUGCUACAGCGGCUGGGCUGUUCGCGAUUCAACUGGCAAAACUUGCAGGUCUGACAGUUGUAACUACUGCCUCAUCAAGGUCUCAUGAUCUUGUUAAGGAGUACGGUGCUGACGAUGUGUUUGAUUAUCAAUCACCGACUGCCGUCGAGGAUAUUAUUCGGGUCUAUCCGAAUAUUGAUCGAGCGAUGGAUUGUUAUUCACAGGGCUCUUCAACGGAGUUCUGUGCUGAUGUUGUUCGCAAGAGCCGCGGAUGGGUCGUCACACUUCUGGACCCAGGAAAGAAGGAUUUGGAUGGCGUCAAGGUGGACUUCUUGUUGGCGUAUACUGCCCUUGGGGAGGAAUUUCAAUGGCUUGCACCAUUUGGACCCAAGUUCGGCAAGGUACCAUCUGAUACUGCUGCCUUGCGCAGGUUUUAUGCAUCUUUACCGGUGACCUCCAAGCUCCUUAGACCUCCACCACUUAGGGAAAUCGAGGGCGGAUUGGAUAAUUUGAGUGUUGGAUUAAAUUUGUUGCGCGAAGGAAAGGUUUUUGGUGCUAAAUUAGUCGCGCAUCUCCGUUGA